AUGUCCCUUUUCGGAACAUCCCCAGAAGAGCCCUCGGCGGCGGCCUCUACCCCGAGGCCCAAGUCCUCGCUCUUCGCAGACGACUCGAUCGGUGGCUCCUCGUCCCUCUUCGCCGAUGACACCGGUGAUGAUAGUUCCUCGUCGCCUUGGAACCCACAGAACAACACUGCGAAGCGUACAGCUCGACGUGAUCUGGUGCGGACGCUGCUUCCUGUUUCUGAUGUGCCGGAGAGCUACGUUGAUGCCUACGAUCUCAUCCUGAAUAGCGGUGAUAGGGUCGGGGCUGGUGUCGGUCUCACCUCCAUUCGAGAGCUAUUGUCCAGCAGUGGAUUGACCGCAUCAGACCAAGGCAAGAUCCUGAAUCUUGUGGUCUCUGGUGACCACGAGAGCUCGGGUGGAUUGGGUCGCGGCGAGUUCAAUGUGUUACUAGCAUUGAUUGGACUUGCACAGCAAGGAGAAGACCUGUCUUUUGAUUCGGUCGACGACCAUCGCAAGAGACUCCCACAGCCCAAUAGCGGUUUCCUUGACAGACUACGAACUGCCAACGAGUCCCAAUCUAGCAGUGCAUUUGAACGACCAGUUACACCUCCACCACAACAAACUCCCCUUCAAGAGCCCAAUUCCGCACGGUCUCGCCGCUCGCGACGAGAGUCCUUGGGAGGCCUAGACUCUGAUCCUUGGGGUAGUCCAGAGUUACAUCGGAACCACAACCACGAAACUGUAACUUCUGACCAGCGGAUUAUCAACGGCUACGGAAGUAUGCGCUCGACGACGAACGCUUGGUCAGCACCCAGGACGGUUGAAGAGCCAGCCCAGAGCCAGACCGAGGUACCCCAGCAGGGUCGUAGCGUCGCCCCGACUGAGGCCGCAGUGCCACCACCACCUAGCAGCUCAGGAUCUGGAUGGGGAGGCAAUAUUGGAACUACACCGGAUGAUGGCGGAUUUGUGGGUGCUCCGCGUCCGGGCCUUGGUGCCUUUGGGCCUGCCAGCGAUGAGCCUGGCGACAUCGCACCUCGACGUCGAUCACUGGGUAUCACCCGCUCUACGAACCCCCAGGUAGCAGAGACGGUCACGAUCACCCUUCUCCCGGAGAAAGAGGGAAUGUUCAUGUUCCAGCAUCGCAACUACGAGGUCAGGUCAGCGCGACGAGGCAGCACCGUGGUGCGUCGGUACAGCGAUUUCGUCUGGCUGUUGGAUUGCCUGCAAAAGCGAUUCCCCUUCCGACAGCUGCCCCUUCUCCCACCGAAGCGGGUUUCAGUAAAUGGUACUCACCUAUCAGCCGAUUCAAAUUCUUUUCUGGAGAAGCGGCGCCGUGGACUCAUUAGAUUUACCAAUUCCCUUGUUCGACACCCGGUUCUCGGCCAGGAGCAACUGGUGGUGAUGUUCCUGACUGUCCCUACCGAACUUUCGGUAUGGCGUAAACAGGCGACAGUUUCGGUCCAGGACGAAUUCGAGGGACGAUCCCUCCCACCUGACCUCGAGGAUUCCUUGCCCUCUGAUCUCACCGAUACCUUCGAGACCGUCCGCAGCGGUGUGAAACGGUCCGCCGAAAUUUACAUUAACCUGUGCACUUUGCUCGAGCGAUUGGCCAAGCGAAACGACGGCCUUGCGGCUGAUCACCUGCGAUUCUCCCUGGCUCUCCAGUCUCUGACCGAGGUGACCAAGGACACAUACGCGGUCGACACGAAUGACAUCCCGGGCCUGAACACCGGUAUCACCGCCACCGCGCGACACCUCUCGGCCAGUCAAAGCCUGUUAGAGGAUGAGGCCCGGGCCUGGACCGACGGCGUGCUGGAAGAUCUGAAAGCACAGCGAGAUUGUCUAGUCAGCGUACGUGAGAUGUUUGAUCGGCGGGAUCGGUUGGCGCGGAACAAUAUUCCACAACUCGAGCGGCGCAUCGAGACCAAUGAGCGCAAGCUGCAGGAAUUGCGGGCGCGGCCGUCGGGCACCGUGAAACCUGGAGAGGCCGAAAAAGUGGAGGACUCUAUUUUCAAGGACAAAGAGUCAAUCGUGCAGCAACACGCGCGCGGGGUGUUCAUUAAGGAGUGUACUCGUGAUGAACUUGCCCACUUCCAGCAGAGCCAGUAUCACAUCAGCCGUCUGCAUCAGGACUGGAGCCAGGAGCGAGUCAAAUACUCCGAGUUGCAGGCCGACAAUUGGCGGCGCCUCAGCGAUGAGAUCGAGGGAAUGCCGACGGGAGAGUAG